UGUUUUGAGAAAGAAGAUGUCUAAAGAAAUUUGGACCGAUGAGGAAACUCGGUUAUUCUUUAAACUUUAUGCGGAUGAGAGAAAAAAUGGAAAUAGAACAAGUGCAGGAAUGAAUCAAACGGGGAAAGAUAACAUCAUGAUGAAGUUCGAAGAGACAUUUAAGAGGGGAUAUAAGAAAUGGAACCCUUUUAAGAAUAAGUAUGAUUCAUGUAAGAAAAAAUACACUACCUUUAGAACGUUAACUCAUAAUAGGCCUGAGGUUCGGUUUGAUGAUAUGGGAAGGUUGGAUAUGCCAGAUGAUUGGUGGAAGCAACGCAUAGAGGAAUGGCCUGCAUCAAGAAAAUAUAGAAGCAAACUGGUUGCUAAUAUGGAUAUGUAUGAAAACGAAUUCCGUUUGGUAGUAGUAACUGGAGCUGAAGGAUGGAGCGCUCAAACUGGAGAAGCUAGUUUAAAUUCUACAGUGGAUGGAGAUGAAGAUGAUGAAGUUGAUUCUGUUGACAUAGAUAUGUCAGUGCCAAGGGUAGAGACACAGAAUCAAACACAAACCCAGACACAAACUCAAGUUGGAAGUUCAAGAGCAAAAAAAAGGUGUAGGGAGAAAGAUAUGGCUAUUGAAGCAGUUGUAAAACGGACUGAAGCUCUUGAGAAGAAGAAUAGAAUAGCAGAACAGAUGUUGGAGCGUGAGCAUGCAUCUAGUGUUGAGAGUGUAGUAGAGACACUCAAUGGAUUGCCUGGAAUUAGGAUGUGGUCUUCAUUUUACAAAGCAGCAGUUCAACAUCUUCUAGCAGAUGAAGCAACCAGGCGGGGUUUUAUAGCCUAUACUAGUGCUGAAGAUAAGAUCAGUUUUUUGGAGCUUAUGACUAGAAGGAACCUAGAUGAUUUGUAGUGUUUAUGAAGCAGAUCAUGACUUGCAUGUUAUGAACGAUUAUGAACGAUUAAAAUGGUUU